AUGCAUUCAGUUCUGAUCAUUUUUGGCGUCCUAAUCAUCCUCAAUCUCACCACCGCAUCUCCACUGCUACCAAUCGAUGGUCUCGAUCUUCCAUGGCCUGUCGCACCACUCAGAAGUUCUUACCACGUCACCCCUGAAUCCGAACCCAUCUCUCUGGAAGAGGACGUUCAUACGAAGAUUGAAGAGUUCCGCGCUACCCACGGUACCGCCAAUUUUAAUGAUGCCGCUCCCAACAUAAGAACUGAAAAGCCUAAGCGCGACAAAAUCAAACCGGGUCUUUGCUGUUUAGAUAUCCCACAUCGUAAUUGGCCGAACGCUUACUACGCGUGUGGGGUAACAGCAAGAAAUGAACUCGCCCAGAAAGCCACAGUGUCAAUUCCAGGUCAUUCAUGUGUCCGUGGGAAUGAAUACCCAGUUGAGCCUCCCGGUGAACACUUGGCUUCGCACGUCCAUGACAUUCAACAGAUGUGUACAUACACAAAUUCUGAUGACCUACUUCUUUCUUGCGGACAGCAGUUGGAUACAAAUGGUUAUAACGUGAUUUUGAGAGGUGGUGGCCAGAGGUGUCCAGAGGGGAAAGACCCUCGCCUAGAGACAUGUGCUUCGGCUUCAUAUUGGAACCCCCCGCCCCGGUUGGGGGCUUGGCCUUUGCCCGAGGAAUUCGAGUACCGCAAAAUUGAGAACUACAAGCCUCCACCCCCAGAACCACCAAUUAAUCAAGAACUAUCAAUUGGUCUAGCACCACCCGCCAAUGGGGAAUAUCUGGGGGAGGAAAUAGAAUAG